GACUCUGGGAAAAACAAAUUACUCACGUGUUUUGUCGCGAGAUUUGGGUCUGGCGCGAAUCAAGGAGGAACUGUAAAUACGGCGUUUGUAGGCUGUAGUUGAUAAAACACACACUGAAAUACUUAAAUGUUAUAAUCUUUGUCCGAGUUGUUCGAAACUUACUUUGGCGACAGUAUUUUAGGUUCGGGAAACAUGUCGGACGGUUUAUCUGAAGACGGCAGCGACAUCAACCAAGAAGAUGAGGACGUGAUGACUCCCGCGGAGCUCAUCGCAAAACUAGAAGAAGCCUGGCUCAAUGAGAAGUUUUCCCCGGAGCUCCUGGAGAACAAGUCCGAGGUGGUGGAGUGUGUGAUGGAGCAGCUGACGCACAUGGAAGCCAACUUGCAGCGUGUGAAGAAAGGAGACGCCAAAGCCAGCAUCCACCGCAUGGAGAUUGAUAGGAUUCGUUAUGUACUCAGCAGCUACUUGCGUUCUCGUUUGCAAAAGAUUGAAAAGUACUUUCCACAUGUCCUGGAGAAAGAAAAGUCUCGAGAAAUGGGUGAUGCAUCAUUGCUCUCACCGGAAGAGUUUGCCUUUGCUAAAGAAUACUAUGCCAAUACAGAGACAUAUCUGAAAGCAAUGGCACUAAAGCGUAUGCCCCCUAAUCUGCAGACAAUAGACAUGCUUAAAGCAGUCCCUGAGCCUUGUUUGGACUCCUUUGUGUUUUUGAGAGUAAAAGAGAGACAGGAAAACAUUUUGGUGGAACCUGAAACUGACGACCAGAGGGAAUAUGUUGUGGAUCUUGAAGAGGGCUCCCAACAUUUGAUGCGAUACCGAACCAUAGCCCCACUUGUCUCAACUGGAGCUGUGCAGUUAAUUUAGCUGCAGGGGUUCAUGGUUUUGAAGUCCAUGAGAUAGGAAAAGUCAUCUAUUUCUGAACCAUCAGUAAUAAUGAAGAAGGACAGGUCCCGUCACAGCUGACAGGAUUAUGUGCUACUGUGUGAGGCCAUGACAGCUGUGAUGACUGGGGUGCAAAAUGGCAGCUACUCUUAAAAUUAUGUUGACAGUUUAUGCUGAUGACCUGUAUAUUCAGCCUUAACUCUGCCCCCGUCUGGAUAACUGAGCGCUUGGCAACAUCGGACUCAUGAAUGUGCGCAUGUGGGGAUGUACAUUUUUCAUAUGUUUUGCUUAAUUGUAAUUGUAUUUUAUUUUUAAACAUAAAUUGUCCAUGUUGUAAUUAUUAUUCACAUUUGUCAGUUUGCUAAGUAGUUUCUCAUGGGAAAAGAUGUCUGGGCUAUAAUAAUUUGUAAUGGGAGCAUUAUAUAAGCAUUUUAAAGUGAGCUGUUUUUGUCUGUCUCAGAUUGAUGCAGAAUUUGGAACUAAUAUGGUCUGAAAAAAACUUGUUAUUCUGUUGCUAAAAUGCAUAAUUACAUGGUAAGUAGUGUACAUAGGACUGUGCAGACCAAAACACUUAUAAAAACAUUUCCAAAACAAUUAGAAUCAGGCAUAAUAUUAUUACUUGCAGGCACAUUUAACAGCUAGUGUACAAACAUUUGACAGAAACACUCAAAAGAAGUGUUUGUGUCUGUUGCAUGUUUCUAGUUUGCUGUUAUACUGUCUAAGCUAUUAAAGGUGCCCAUAAUCCAAAACCACUAUUUGUCAUUUAU